CUCUUCUUUUAGGGUUCCUUUUCAAAAUAUAUGUAUUCUUUUUCCCUGUUUUUAUUCUUUUAGCAUAGCAGCCUUUUUUUUUUUUUCUAGGGUUUGGAUUGUUAAUUCUAUGAUGAUUUAUCUUUCGUGGGUUGUUUCUCGAUUCUGUUCUUUCUUUCCGCUUCCUACAUACCCUUAAUUUCAUCGAGCUAUUCUCUUAAUUCCCAGAUUUUAAUUUACUUUUUCACUCUUAUAAGCACUGAACUUACACUUUCCAAUCUCAGUAUAGUUUAGAAACCUUGAAUUUGACCCAAAUAAUCAUCACAUCAAAAUCCCCAAUUUUAGUUCUGCCUUUCUUCAUUUGAGCUUAAAUGGAUGAUGGGGAGCUAGAUGUCUUGAACCAAGAAGUAUUUUCGGCUACCAACAUGGGUGAGAUUCCGAGCAAUUGCUCAAUGGACAGUUUCUUCGAUGAACUACUCAAGGAUACUCAUGCCUGUACUCACACACACACUUGCAACCCUCCUGGUCCUGAUUAUUCCCAUACACAUACCUGCUUUCAUGUACACACCAAAAUUGUGUCUGCACCUUCGGAUGAUAAGACUGGGACUGAUGAUACUGCUGAGUCCACUGAGAAAAAGUCAAAGAAACGCCCAUUAGGCAAUAGGGAGGCAGUCCGCAAGUAUAGGGAGAAGAAGAAGGCAAGGGCCGCAUCUUUGGAGGAUGAAGUUGUGAAAUUGAGGGCUUUGAAUCAGCAUUUGCUGAAGAGGCUUCAGGGACAAGCGGCAUUGGAGGCUGAGGUUGCGAGGCUCAAAUGUUUGCUUGUGGAUAUACGGGGAAGGAUUGAAGGGGAGAUUGGAUCUUUUCCAUAUCAGAAAUCAGCUAAUGACUUGAACUUGGCCAAUCCAAAUUUACCUGGUGCUUAUGUAAUGAAUCCAUGUAAUGUGCAGUGUAAUGGUCAGGCUUAUUGUUUACAUCCAGGGGCAGAUGGCAAGAGUGGGGAAGGUAUGGCCUUAAAUGGCCAAGGGCUUAAUGGUUGUGAGUUUGAUAAUCUUCAGUGUCUGGCAAAUCAAAACUCAGGAAUGAAGGAGCUUGUUGGCUGUGGACUUGGGAACCUAGUGACAAGUGCUGAUGGCAAUUCUUCUAGCUCAAGUAAGAGGAAAGGAGGGGCUCGUGCAGCAACAGGACGUUGAAGAGCUGUUCAUAUUGUGUUCUUUUUCAUGAGGGUACAAUAAGUGCUUCUGUUGGGCUUCUGAAUCUGCUUCCUCAGGUUGCUUUUUUGGGUGUAGUUAGUUUAUUUUUUUUUCCCCUCUUUUCUUUUUCCUCUUUUUUUUUUUUUUUUUUAAUUUUUUCAAACUCAGGUAUCCCAUGCUUAGAUACUGUGGGGAUGAUCCCUGCUAAGCUAAGCUUUAGCUUUAGCUAGUGGGUUGGUUAAUUCGUGGUCCUUUGUUUGAAAAAUGCUUUGUAAAGGGGAAACUUAAUGGAUCUAUAGCUAGUAGAAUUUAUGGGCAGAUACAAACAUUAUGGUUUUCUAAGAAGCUCAACAUUACAAAGCUAUAAUUCGCACUUUAUUCUCGUCA